GAAGCCAUUAUACACUGUUCCAACAUUUAUCUUACACCCACGUUCUUUACCAACCUGUUGAUUCAAUUUCAAUCCUCUUGAUUGUUAUAACAGCUAGCGCAGCGCUACAGAAAUUCUUCCAGAGAGACCAAGAGAGCAGGUUAUGUCGACAUCGACACCAAUUCUUCCCUUCAAUGGCCUUCCUACUGGCCCUUCUCGCAGCUACCGAGCUUCAGCUCGUAAUCCUAAUCAUCUUCUGGUUAUCUCGAAAGGCAAGAUCGGCAGCUGUUUUCUGGGAAAUGGUUUGGAGUUUGUCAACACGGGCCUGACGGUGACAGAUCAGCUAAUUGUCAGGAAAACAAAGAUAUACGGUGUACUUCCAGGAGCUCCGCUUCCUUCUGAUCCUUCUCCCGAUUCGUGGAAAGUUUGGAUAUUUGGAAUAAUAACGACGGUAAUUCUACCACUCUUGGGGAGUAAAUGGGGACCGUUACAGACACUGAAAAGCCGACUUGAAACGACUGCGGAUAAAGUAGAAGCAGUAGCAGAGGCCGUAGAAAAUGUGGCUGAGCAAGUGGAUAAGUUAGCGGAAGAUGUCGCCGAUCACCUUCCACCAGGCGGAAAACUCAAAGAAGCUGCGGCGCUUAUUGAACAUCUAGCUGAGGAAACAGCCAAGGGUGCCCAUCUGGUAGAUAAAGCGAUCGAGCAGGUUGAAGAAAUAGAGAAGCAGGUUGAAGAGGUACAGAAGCAGACUGUAGAAGUGCAGAAGGAGGUGGAUUCAUUGAUGGAACCACUCACUGAACAAGCCAAACCGACGCCUAAAGAAGCAAAUAAGUAGACUAGAAUAAUUAGCAAAUGGACUUUGACUAGUAAUUUUUUGGAUAUAUUGUAAAUUAAUUAGAUUCGUUAUAUAUUUCUUCUCCUCUAUUUAUGGUUCCGAUUUCCUUUUCUUUUGAGGGUCAUGAAAUGGAAUUUCUCUUUAAAAGUUAAA